UUUUAAAUAAAUAGUCAAAUCAACUUGGAUCAUUAUUAUUUUAUAAAAAUAAAUUCUUCUGUAUACAACUUGUAAAAUUCCAUUCAUUUAUAAUGACAACAGUAACAGCCUCAAUGGAGUUAAAUAAACAAACAGAUAUAUGUUAUAUAUCAAAUUUAAUAAGUCCAAGUAACAUUAUGAAAAUAAAUGGCAAUAAUAAUAAUAUCGGUAAUAAGAGUAAUGAUGACAAUAUAAUGCAUGAUAUUAUCCAUAAUAAAACAGAACAUUUAAAACAUUUGAACUUUUCAUCUAAAUUAUUGUCAGAAAAUGAAAAUAUUGUAAAUAUAAUGAAACAUUUUAUUCAUCAUAAUCAACAAUCAUCAUUUUCACCAUCAUCAUCAUCAUCAUCAUCACCAUCAUCAUCAACAACAUCUUCACCAACAGUAAACAAUUCAAAUGAAUAUCUACGUAAUAAUGAUAAUAUUGAUAAUAACAAUAAUCCAUUAAAUACAUUAACUUCUGAUGAAUUAGAACAGGAGAAUGAAGGACAAAAAUCAUUUCUUAUAUCCGAUCUUUUGAAUACAAAUGGUACAAAUGAUGAAUCUGAAGAAACCAGUAUGAAAUCACUAUCAAUGAAACAGAAAAUUAAUUCAGAAGAUCAAUUCUCUGAUCAAUCAAUUGAAUCCAAAUCCAAAUUAUUACAUGAAUCAAAAUUACAAAAUACAACUGUCCAAUCUAUAAAUAUUAAUCCAUCUUUUAUAACAUCGAAACAAAAUUCAUCAUUUUCAUUCAAUCAAAUUACACAAUUAAAAAAUUCCACAUUUAAUCAUCAAAUUAUUCAAUCAACAAAUAAUGUACAUACAAUCAAUGAUUGUCAUACAAAAACAUGUAAACGUAGAUUAACUGAUAAAACUUUACAAACAACUAAUCAAAAUUAUAUGAAAAUUAAACGUUCACGUGAAAUUAACAAUUUGCCUUAUUCUUUAUUAUCAACUAAAUUAUCUAGAGAAAAUAUAAAGAUUAAUGUUGAAACAGACGAAUUUUCAAAUAGACCUAAUCAACAACAUGAUCAUCAUCAUCCUCAUCAAGAACAACAAGUACCAUAUAACAGAAUAUUUGAAUUUAAUAACAUUCAAAAUGAAGUUGAUUCAUGUUUGUUAAAUCAUAAAUCUCAUACAGAGUUAAUCAAUAAUCUCUGUACAGACUCAAAUCAAAGUGAUAAUCAUAAUGAUAAUGAUAAUUGUCUGUAUGAUCUUGAUGAUGAAGAUGAUGCUGAUGUGGAAGACCAAGAGGAUGAUGAUGAUGAUGAAAAUGAAAAAAGUGGGGGAAAUGACAUAGACGAUAAUGAAAGUGAUUCAGAUAAUGAUUAUGAAUUUAAAAAAUGUUCGAAAUCUACUACUAACAAAAAUAAUAAUAGUAAUGUAAAUGAUUCAAAUAUGAAACCAAGACGUGCAAGAACUGCUUUCACUUAUGAACAGUUAGUUACAUUAGAGAAUAAAUUUAAAAUGACAAGAUAUUUAUCAGUAUGUGAACGUUUAAAUCUUGCUUUAUCAUUAAAUCUUACAGAAACACAAGUAAAAAUAUGGUUUCAAAAUAGGCGCACAAAAUGGAAAAAACAAAAUCCUGGUAAAGAUGUUAAUAUGCAGAAUGAUAAGUCAUUCAUUUCUAAAGUAAUGAUACCAUCUACUUCAUCAUUAUCAUCAACAGUGACUACAGUUUCAAUGCCAAGUAUAUUUUCAUCUGUUUCAUCUAUACCAUCUGUUCAGUCCUUAGGUAUUCAUCGUCGUCGUCAUCACCAUCAUCAUCAUUUACAACAAAAUCAACCAGAAAUGGAAGCUUUUUCACAGUUAUCUAAAUUGUACUAUGAAACAUCAUUGUCUAACAAAUCAAUACCAAAAGAAAUGUCCACAUUAGAAUUCUUACGAACAAUGAAUUAUUUAAUGAAUAAUAAUUCACUUAGUUCAUCAACAGUAAAUAAUAAAGAGUCCCCAGAAUAUAAAGUAAAUAAUGAUUCAUUGAAACAAACAAUUUCAUUAGAUUUAAAUAAAUAUUCUAGUCUUUUAGAAUAUUAUCAACAAAUAUGGUCAUCUUUAAAUAAUCAAACUAAUAACUUUAUACAGAAUCAUUCAAAUCCACAAUUGAACAAUGAAAGAUCUACUAAUGAUAUUAAACAUUCAAUUAAUUCAAUAAAUAUACCUACAUCUGAAUUUUACUCUGAUAAUCUUAAGUCAAUUAUAGAUAAUAAAGUAUUAUAUAAUAAAGAUAUAUCCCAACAAAUCGAUAUUAUUAAUAAUAAUAAUAAUCACAAUCAUAAUAAUAAGUCUAUUCUGACUAAUAUUAAUGAAUCUUGUCUAGAUUAUAAUAAAAACGAAUUACAUAAUCCUAUAAAAAAUAAUUUCAAUGAAUCUAUUAAAUCAUCAUUAUCUACAAAUAUAUAUCCAACUUUAUUUAGACCAAUAUCUACUCAUGAAACUAAAAUAUCGUCAUCCUCAUCAUCAUUAUCAUCACCAUCAUUAUUAUCAUCAUCUUCAUUAAAAUGGGAUCACAUUGAAAUGAUACCGAAUUCUAUUGAACAUAAUGAAAUAAAUCGAAUACAUAAUCAAAAUAAUAUAUUAAAUAAUGAACAAAAUGAUAUGAUGAUAUGGAAUAAGAAUUCAAUGACAGCAGCUGCUGCUUAUGCCAUGUUAACAACUUCAUUUGAACAAACAAAUUUUAAGCAAUAUUUAAAUCAAUGGACAGAGAAAAAUGAAUUAUUUAAUUCAUUGUCAAAUAAUCAUAAUCAUAAUAAUAAUCGAAUAUUAUCAACGGAAAUAAAUUCUAAAAAUGUAGAAUUAUCGACAAUAAAACAAUUCAGUAAUAAUAAUAAUAAUAAUAACAAUGAUCCUGAUGAUAUUGAUAAUCCACAUUGUACUUCAACAAGUCCAUCAGGUUUACAACAUUCUACAACAUCUUCAUCAACUUCAUCACCUCAUACAACAACUCAUUUAUUUCAUGUUGAACAACAAUCAUCACCAGAUGAUUUAAUUAAUAAAUUAAAUGAUAAUUUAAACAAUCAUAAUCCUAUUCAAUCGAUCCAUUGAAUAUUAUAAAUUCAUUUAAACAUUAAUCUAUUCUUUUCUAUUCACUCCUUCUUUUCUUUUUUUCUGUUUUGUUCUCUCUCUUUUUUAAAAAAAAAAUCAUUCUCAUAAAGUGUAAAAUAAAAAUGAUUAUGAAUUUUAUUUACCUUUAUGAAUAGUUGGCAUUUAAUUUGUCAAAUCAAAUGAAUAUCAGACAAUUUAUCGAGUAUAGUCUUGGAACACUAGUUAUUAUUAUUGAAGUUUUGUCUUGGAAGUGUUAAUGUUUUCUAAUUUAUGAUUGAUAGAAUAAAUAUUUAAAACGUGUAUAUUACUAAUAAAAUGUUU